GGGGGGCAGGUUGGGUGGAGGGGAAGGGAGUUGGAGGGGUUGUUCCCCCCCCCAGCCUUUGGGCUCUGAUUUCCACCCCUACCCCCCGCCCUGACCUGGGGCCCAACUGGCCAUGGCCUUUGCUGAUGCCGUCCUGCCCUCCAUCAGCAGCCUGGCCAGCUUCUGCCACUUCCAGGAGAAGCAGACGGAGAUCCUCAAGUGGUGGAAGGUGGAAGAUGCCCCGGACCCCUCAGCUCCUGGCCCCGCGGACCUGGCCCAGCCCCAUGGCUCCCUGCAGCUCAAGCAAGAGGACGAGGAAUCCUGCUGGGACCUGGACUUUCUGCUCAGCAAUUUCCCCAGCACAGAGGCCGGUGGUCUCGGCCCAGGCGAGGGGUUCGAGGCAGGGCCUGGGCUGUGCCAGGCGGAUGCCUGCACGGGGCAGAGCCCAGGCGGAUACUCGGUGGGGGCUGGGCUCCCAGGCCCCCCCAGCCUGGUAGCUGAGCUCCUGUUGGCGGACGAGCCCCUGGGCUGCAGCUCGGGGGGGCAGGAAAAGGGGGGAGCGGGCACCUUUGGGGGGCAUUUGCCAGCAUACCCCUCCAGGCCAGACUGUGAGGCCCAGCCCCCUGGCGGGUACAGGGAGCCCCGGCCUGUGGCCCUGCGGCAUGGCUACCAGCUGACGUACGGCGGCUAUGCCCCACUAGCCCCCACCCUGCUGCCCCGGGGCGCCCCCUACUGCCAGCUGCCUCAGCCGCCCCCCUACGGCCUGGGGGGCAGCUACCAGGCCGCCUGUUACAGCCAGUACCAAGCCCGGUUCCAGCUAUACCAGGGCAGCCCAGCUCUGCUGCCCUCCCCAGUGCCCGCGGGCUACCUCGGGCUCCUGGCGCCGCCCGCCCCGCCGCCCGGGGAGCUCCCGGCCAAGCCCAAGAGGAGCCGCAAGGCCUGGGCCCACAAGCGCCCCACCAGCCACACCUGCAGCCACCCCAGCUGCGGCAAGACCUAUACCAAGAGCUCCCACCUCAAGGCCCAUCUCCGCACCCACACAGGCGAGAAGCCGUACCUCUGCACCUGGGAGGGCUGCGACUGGAAGUUCGCCCGCUCAGACGAGCUGACGCGCCACUACCGCAAGCACACGGGGCAGCGCCCCUUCCGGUGCCGGCUGUGCCAGCGCGCCUUCUCCCGCUCGGACCACCUGGCCCUGCACCUGAAGAGACACAUGUAGUGACAGAGGCCGCGCAGUGCCUGCACCACGGACUGGAGCGACCGCGCCACCAGCGUCGCCCCGGGUGCGUGGGCCUGUGCCUGCCACAGAAGCUCGGGGCCAGACGGGCGCUGACCAGCAGCAGAAUUGGGGUGGGGGGUGUUCAGGCUUCCUGUGGCUGAGGGGAAUGGACUUGGGGGGGGGGGGGUGGCCUGAGUGCCCCCUCUUUGAGGGCACUAGGGUGCUUUGGGGGCUGGUAGUUCCCUGGUGCGGGGGGGGGGGAAGAGGAUGCACAGACUGAGCUGGAGGGAGGUAUUGUGCUGAUCCUGUGUGUGUGUGUGUUGUGGGGGGGGCGAUCCUGGAUCUCCCCUCUUCAGCAGCCCUCCCCCUGUGGCCCUGGCCAGCUGUCCUUUGUCCAGUGCCAGCUGCUUCCUUGCUGUGGGGAACCCCUCCCCUCCUGGGGGAGUCUAGAACCCUUCCUCCUGGGAUCUGUCCUGCCUGUUGAGAGUACCUGCAACUCACCCCCCUCAGAACCUGGCCUUUCACGAGCAAUGCCUAGACUCCAGCCUGAUGGCUCCUGUGGCACCUAGAACCCAACCCCCUGGAACCUACUUGCUCUUGUGGAACCUAGAACCCAACCCUGGAGUCUUGAGAUCCCUCCUUAAAACCCCACUUCUAUGGGGUCCCCUCUUGCACUGGAGCUGAGCAGGCAGAGCUGAGGCAGGUGUCCCCUAGUGGCAGUGAGCGGUUUAAUCAGGUUCUUUUCUUUCCCCUUCAGCAGUGACAAGCAGCAGCUGCCUCCUUAUUAAAUGUCAGAGGGGGGCUGAGAUACUCAGACUUUAUAAACCCCAAGAGAUGGGGGUCCUUUAGGGGGUGAUGGCUUUGCUCUGGCUCCAGGGCAGGGAACUGGCUGGGUGGGGACUGGGACGUGAGGCCUUUCCCUGCUAAGGGGAGCUGGCUGACUUACUUUAAUCAUUAAAAAACCAGCUGUAAUUUCCAGCUCCAUGAAAUGAGUUUGUCAGUCUCAGGCCCAUUCCCAUGAUCCUCUUCUCUUCUACCCUCUGCAGAGGCUAAACUGUUACAAUCCCUCCCUGGUGUCCCAGCUCCUGCCACGCUUGGGGCAGGGGUGGGGAUUGGGCCAGGCCCACAGAAGAGGGGUGAGCAGAAGCGGUGGGGAUGGGGAUGGGGGGACUUCUCUGAAUGAACUGACUUCAUUCAGAACAGCUGCUGGCCCUGGCCUCAUCUCACAGGGGUAGCAACUCGCCCUCCCAGCUCAGCAUACACAAGUUGUGGGACUCUUUGAAGGAGUAAAUUUACCCUCUGAGUAACUCUGCUGUUUCGGGGGCCCAGUUCUUCUGUCUUCAUCCAUCAGUUCUGUAAUUCUGAUGCCUGUGACCAGAUUCCCUUUCUUUUCAGUGUGUUUCUCUCCCUGCCCAGUGUGUCUCAUAUGCCCUAUACUGCUAUUGGUAAAUGGGGAUUCCCCUUGCUGUGUCUUCCAUGCAGAAUCCACACCCCACUGUGUUUGAACCUCUAACCCAGGAGAGGAUUGAAAUGAAGUUAUUUCUCCCCUGGCUCUUUGAAA